AGUCCAGGGACCCCUUUUCUGCUUUGCACAAGCCCCCCCGGCCCACCUCUGCUGCUCCCGAGGGCACCCCCAGUUUUAGAGGCUCACCUCACCCCAACCAGCCUCCCUCACUCCCCCCGUCGUCCACCCCUGUGGGGGACCCUCUCUCUGGGAAACCCUCUGGACCGCAUGGGUUCAGCCGGGGCCCCAACAUAGCCUAUCAAAUGGCCCAGCAACAGCAACAACAACAGCAACAACUCCAGCAACAACUCCAGCAACAACUCCUCCAACAACAACAACAGCAACAACUCCAGCAACAACUCCAACUCCAGCAACAACUCCAACAACAACAACAACAACUCCAACAACAGACUCAGACUAUAGGUGCCGACUUCCACUCCAGGAUGCCCCCCCUACAGGACCCCACAGCCCCCCGCCCCCCGGAGGCACCUCACCCGCCGGGGGCUAUGCCCGGUGCCCAGGAGAUGCCCGACAUGUCAGCAGUUCAGGAUCCUUCACUACUGGGCCUCAGCCCCUCUGAGUUGGAGAAGCACAGACAGCGACAGAAACUGAGGGAGUUUUUGAUCCGGCAGCAGAUGCAGCGAAACUCAAUCCGGCAGGAGAAAGAGGCCGCAGCAACCAGCAGUGCUGCCACCGGUUGGCCUGGAGGAGACAUGGCAGCCUAUCAGCAAGACAAAGCCCACCGUGCUCCACCACCCUACCCACAGGACCGUGCAGUUACUGCUGCUGGUGCCCAGGCAUCAUUGGCAGGGAAGAUGCCCCAUGCUGUGGGUCCCAUGGAUGUUGGCUGUCCGCCACCCCCAGGGACCCCUGCCAUGAUGGACCCCAACCA